AUGGGUGUCUCGUUCCUCUGGAAGCUGGUAUAUGACGCGCUCACAACAGACCAUUUCCAUUUCCCCACAUCAUCGAGCGCACAGGGCUUCUUGACUGUGACGAUCUGCCGGCAUAUCGUCGAAGGAAAAUUGCAGGAACUAUGGCGCUUACAUGUCUGGUUGCCCGGCGGAGAUCCUGGCCACGAAGGAUUCUCCAUCCACAAACAUAAUGCGUUUGGACAGAGUCGGUUCGUAGCCGGCCAAGGCACAAACCACGUAUGGUCGAUCGAAGAAGACGCAAAAGCGGAGCAAAAAGAAGACACACAGAAGGGUGACCUGAUACCGUUAUCGAAAUAUCGGCUUGAAUGGACCGAUACAAAUGGGUCUAGCACGGCUUAUAAAACCAAUCAGACGUCGUCUACGGUCAUCAAUACUGGAAAGCUCGUCGUGGCAAGGCGACUCGAGUCAACUAGUCACUCGAGUGGCAUGUGUUAUACUAUCGGCGAGGAUGAAUACCACAGCUCUGCAGUAUCGAAAGAUAGAAUUAGUGCCACCCUCUUCGUCUUCAAUUCAAGUCGGGGCCACAACAACGACGAGGAAACCAUCAUCGGCCCUAGGGAUCAGGAAAAGUCAACAUUUGUUCGUUGCGUAGCAGACAAAACUGCAAAAGAGCUUUGUAUCUUGGUGGAAAAAGCCAUCGACCAAGAACGUUGCGAACCGGUCAUGAAUAAAUGGUAG